UAACUUUGACAGGUGCAAGACGAAAGAUCGCAUAAUUUCGCAAAUUGGUGAUAUACAUACAUUUACUUUAUAAAAACGAAGAGAAGAUAAUAAAAUUGUGUUUCUUACAUUUUUUUAACAUAUAAACAUAAAGCAUGGCUGGCCCGAUGGAAAGAAUUACAGUUCUCGACGAUAUUGAAAAGGAAAUUAUAACAUGUUUACAAUGUGCAGCACAAGCUCUCCUCGAACUAGGCAAAGAAAAGUCUAGCCAAAAGCAGGCAGAAUCCAACACGUCUCAAUUUCUGAGGACACUCAGUCAGGUCGAGAGCAAAUUGAGUGAUCAGAUCAACUAUUUGACGCAAGUUUCCACCGGUCAGCCGCACGAGGGUUCGGGCUACGCUUCACAGAAAGUGCUGCAGAUGGCGUGGCACCGGCUGGAGCAUGUACGCUCCUGGGUCAACGAACUGGACCGCCUAAAAGCUUCACAUUUAGCGGCUAGCACCAGGAGUGUGGCUAGCAACGUCCCCAAUGGAAACAUGACUAACUCUGGAACGAGCACAUGAUUACAGUGUUACAACAUAUUUCAGUAAAUCAUCCAAUUGUACAUAAACAUGGUAUGAUACAGUGGAUUGGUACAUUCUCAGUGAAAGGACUAUGUAGCCCCAAGUAGGGUAAUUGAUGAAGGACUUGUGUAAUCACUAAUCAUAAUUGAUAAUUAGGUUGGAAAGGAUGUAUGCUAAUGAAUGUGUUUAAUCAAGCAAUGUUUUGUUACAUAUUUAGUAUACUAUUAUACAAACUUAACAACAAUGAUCAUUAUCAUUAGAUAAUGUUACUUUCAUGAUAAAUUAGAAUUAAUAAUGGUAUUAUUAGUGCAUUAGCAACAAAACUAAGUUUCUAAAAUAAGUCUAGUAGUGGGUUGGAUUCUGUAGAAAGCUCAUGUCAUAUAAUAUUGUACGUGUUGUAUGUCCUAAAGUUUGACAGAGAGACACAUAUGAGUCCCUCUCCAGUGUACUACAAUGUAAUAAAAUGCAGUUUAACUGAAUAUGACACUGGUAUUAGUGCCAUUCUCAAGCAGAAGGAACUGUUGCAUAAGGCGUAAAUACGACGACUUAUGUCGCUUGUGUGGGCCACAGCUAAGGAUGCUGUGACAGAUAAUUUUAUUGGUACAAGCAAACAUUCUUAUGUUAUAUAGCAACCAUGUUAUGCCUUUUACUUGAGAAAGUCACAUUUUUCAUGUACUAUAAUAUUGUUUUCCCUUCACUAGCUCGGAAACACGUGUUUUGUCCUUUAAUAUCAGUGGGUAAAAACGCAUUUUAUCCACUAGUAGGUAAAGUAAUUUGACCUCGAAUAAAGUCAAAUUAACUGCUUUAAAAUUCA